AUGUCGUCACCACCACCGUACCAAUCAUCAUCCAAUCCCCUCAAACGCCCCUCAAUCUCCACCUCUGCCUCGCAACCACUCGGCAAGAAGCAGCGCAUGCACCCACUCCGCCAGACUUCCUUCCCAACCGGCCUCGAUGCCGGAGAGCGCAGUUUCGGAGGCACUAGUGAUGCCGGGAGCGUGACAGGCAGUUUCACAGGAAGUCUGGGCGGCACAAGUGCGGACGGAGUAUUCUCUGCUGCACGGGGGAAGAAGCGAGGGCGCAAAAGCAAAGCUGAGAAAGAGCGAGAGCGAGAGCGAGAGGAUGCUCUCAGCGCCAGGGCGGGAGAUUCUACACGAUUUGGGUCCGUUGAUAACGAGGGGUCAAUCCGAGGCGGUCCUUCUGGCAGUGGAGGUGGUGCGGGUGCAGAUGAUGGAGAUGAUUACGACGACGACGACGAGGCAGAGUUAUUUGGGCAGCAAGAAGGAGCUACGGAUACCGAGGCCGAGAAAAAGAACCUAGCGAUCCUGGUUGAUGCUUUCAACCCUAUGCAAUCGGAGAGAUAUGAUCUCUUCAAGCGGGCGAAGCUGCGCAAAGAAACCCUCCGUCGUAUCGUCAAUCAUGCCCUUUCACAAUCCGUUCCGGCCAGUGUGGUAACGACCGUCAACGGCUUCACCAAGGUCUUCGCUGGUGAAGUGAUCGAAAUGGCGCGCACAGUUCAAGCUCAGUGGGCUGAUGCCCACGAUCUCGCUGCACGCGAGGCGUUUGAGGCUGAAGAAGCAGCGGCUGAAGCUGCUGCUCAGGCGAAAGCCGCAGCGUUGAACGCAAAUUCCAAACCUUCUACACCAACUCCCGUGGGCACUCCGGUUCCCGGAUCGGCGUCAGCCUCUUUUAGCAACGGAAUCAAGAAAGAGCCGCAUGAUACCAGCCGUACACCUACACCCUCUAUCCCUCUUCACCAAAACUCGACAUCCUCUCCUCGCCUAACUCCUGUUCCUCUCCGCCCAAAACGCGAAUUCCGUCCCCCGCCCAACCCCCAUCGCGGCCAGCUCCUACCCUCGCAUCUCCGUGAAGCGGUACGGCGCACCAAGCGUAAUGGCGAAGGUGGUGGAGUGGGUUAUUCAGGAUUGAGUCUGGAGAAUAUGGGGGUUCGAGGUUCAUUCACGUGGAAUUCAGGAAGUGCUGGUGGAAGAAGGCUCUUCCGAUAA